AUGACGCACUUCGCUAACGAUCAGCCGGUACUGAUGCUGCAGUGGGUGCUGUUGGGCUGGCACAGAUACAUUUUCCUCCAGAACCUCCGAAGGGACGAGGACCCAUCGAAACGCCAAGCGAUCGCCUACUGCAUCUCUGCCUUUACUUUUGCCUCGCCACGCGACCGCAGCCUUAAGGCUUGUGUUGAGCCUGCCGGAUCGAGGUUGUCUGGAUGA